UUCACUAUGAGUUGUGUCCCUUUUCCUUCCGCUGGGGACGAUAUGUUCCAUCCCUUUUUGGAAGCUAAAUCCUUGCGAUGAGUUUUUCCCCUAUGAGAAGUUGCUCUCAAACUUUAGCGAUUGGAUCCAGAGAAAUGUCCUUCCCGUGGUUGAUGAUAAUGGUUCAUCUGUUCGCAGUUUGUUUCGUUUAGUCGUCCUGUAACAAUCGUGACGAGUGGAUGUUGCUAGUGGUUGUCCUCUUAACUCGAGUGCAAUUUUCGUGAUAGUUGAUAUUUCGUAGUGCGCUAAAGGUGUGUGGACUUAAGUAUUGUUUGAGGAGUUUCUGAACAAUACAGAACAGAUGAUUCAUCCUCCCAUUUGAGGAUCUUUUUUUUUAACAAUUUUGUUAUAGUGAAUGUGUUGAUCUGCUGUAAAAGAAACUGAUUGUAGCUCCGGCAACAAUCCUUAUUGCAGCAAUCUAGUGUAAACCAAGCUACUUCACUACCAACCAACAAAACUACUUCCCUUAAGGCAAGGCACGCAACGUACAGAAGCGUUCCGGUGCAGCGUACCCGGUAAGCCCCUGUGUGUGUGCCAGUGAGCCACCAGCCAGCUCAACCAUUUGCCAAAAGGAGCGGUUUGUGGUUAGGAAGAUAGAUACCAACAAAAGAGAGGAAAAAAAAUUACCAAAAAUUCUGGAGUGCCUGGAAAAUCAGCCAACAAACAGCAAAACGACCGUGCAGUGAGAAAGACUGCGACUUUUCCAGACCAAUCGCGUGAUAAAAUCUCAACCAAUCGCCCUUGGUUGUGAGCAUUUUGGCUGCCAGUGAAAUAUAAGCAAAAAAAAAAAAUAAAUAAAUUCACCUACCUACGACUGAUCUCGUAUAAAUUGUAAUCCCAGGCUGAUAGCAUCGCAUAAGUCAUGUGCAUAAGCAUAUUAAAAGAAAAAUUUAAAAUGAAUGGUUGAUAACAAAGUGGAGUGCAAAAAAAAAGGAAAGCAGACAAACCACCACAGAAAACAAACUUCAUAGGCAUAGAUUUUUUCAUCGAGUGAGUUCGCGUUGGUUUACAGCAGGUUUUGCAGUUGAGUCUACAUUUUGUGACCUGGCGAGCGCGAAGUGACUGCAAACAAAAAAAAAUUAUAACGAAAAAAAAACACAAAUCCCCAGAAUAUAUGGUGGUUUAGAGGUGCAAUCGAAGAGGGUGGUAAAAAAUAUAAAUCUUUAAAAAAGCCACCAAGCACGGGAACGAAUAAAUUACCGGGCGCACGAAAGAAAGUGGAACUGGCACGUGGUGUACGCCGACGAGUGUCGUGUGCCAGGUUGGUGUAGUUGUUGCGGUUGCGAGCUCUCCAUACCGGUGUUCCGGUGUCGGUUCGCAUGAUAGAGAGCAAUAAAUUAAUAGGAGAUAAAAAGAGUGUAUCCUGCAGAGGAUUCAGUGAGAAGCGGCUUGGAAAAAUGAAAAACUAAACCGAACAAAAAAAAAAAACACACACACACACAGAAUCACAAUCGAGCGCGGCAAGAUGGUUAGGGACGUGUGGGGUGAUGGGUGAAGAGUGGGAAAGUUUUCCGUGAAACAGAUUUUCCAAGCAUCGGUCAGCCGAUGAGUACGCUCAAGCCCCCGGACGGAUGUUCAAACACAAAGAACGCAAACACAAAUAAUCACAGAGAAAAAAAAAACGGUUGAUCCACUUUCCCUUUGCAGUUCACGUGCACGUGAAGAGAGUGAAAAAUAAAUUUAAACAAGAUCGCAAACUGAAACCCACACGGCUCGGCAAUCCUUAAACAAAAGGUCCAUGGUACACAAGUGGACAAGUGGACCCAAAGGUGGGUGAAUUGUUUGGAAACGGGUGAGGGUUUGAAUAAAAUGUAUUGCUAUAGCAAAGGGCUAGUAAAAAUGGAUCUCCUGGUGCAGGGAUAAAGUGUAGGAUUACAAAAAAAAGAAGCACGAUAGACAUUCGGAUCGAGAAACUAGUCAAUAGGUGGAUCGGUUAAACUGUGACCGGGGAGGGUAACUUUGGGACGACUUGCUUUCGCGGUCGGUUAGGAUUGAAUAUUGUACCCCAGUGUGCUGGUAGUACGGAAUUGCUGCGCUGUGCGACGAAACAAGUGAACUUCCCCCGCCUAGCAAAGCCUGACCGGAAUUGUGAAAUUGAAAGCGAAAACCAAACGAGACGACUGGGAGACAAAGCAAAAAAGACAUUCGCCCGGCCCGGCGAAAACAAUACACAGUGCCCUUUUGCGGGUGGGACACAUGAUCGUCGCCUUUCGUUUCGGACAUGCAGGAAGUGGAAUAUUUUAACGACACAACCACCACCAUCAGUACGGAGCGAAUGGAGCGCAAGCAUUCUCGCAAGUGCAGCUACGACCUGCUGGAUGGACCGACGGUACUACCAGUGCGGCAAACUCCCCAACAUCACCGCACCGCCGCAUAUAACAAAUGCGAUGAAAAUGUAAAUUACACCGCGGAUCCACUGCUGCUCACUUCAUCCGACGAGGAUAGCAGCGGGUCGCCGACGGGCGAGAUGAAUAAUUGCAUCAAGUUCAUGGAGAAACCGGCACUGAUCAAACGCUUCGCCCUCGGGUUUCUGCGUAGCACCGAGGAAAGUUUGCCGCUGAUGUGCCAUAAAUCAUCGCCCACCUCGCCACAGAAGAAGCUUAACGACAUACUGUCGGAGGACAUCUACACGCUGGACCAGAUCGUGUCGAGUAAGUUUGGUGACUCGUGCAAGCAAUCGUUUGGCGGUUCGACACGUUUACUAUCCGGUGGCAAUGGUGCCGCGACAGGUACGGUGCCCGCUACGACGACAACGGUUGCCGACGGUGUGGAGUACGAGUUCAAGCGGAACCUGAUCCGACAGACAAACAGUGCCAGCUCGAGCCCGAAACGCUUCCCGACGGUAACGCCACCGAAACAUGCCGACAGUCUGAACAGCGUUAGCCUGGGCGAGGACAGCGAGGAACUGAACCGGGCGUCCUGGUUCCAGGCGGGACUGCCGCGUGAACUUUCGCUCGAGGUACUGACCCAGCAGAGCCCCGGUGCGUUUCUCGUGCGGCGAAGCACCACCAAGCAUGGUUGCUUCGCAUUAUCCUUACGCGUACCACCCGGGCCGGGUCCGAAGGUGGUGCACUAUUUAAUUAUGAAAACCGAGCGUGGAUAUAAAAUUAAGGGCUUUACGAAGGAAUUUUCUUCGCUGCGCGCACUGAUAACGCACCAUUCGGUAAUGCCGGAGAUGCUUCCGGUUCCGCUGUCACUGCCACGACCGCAAAACAUCCCGAUGAAGUGCAAGCACACGGACGACUACGAUACCUUCAGUGCGCUGAACGAGUUCUCCAAGCUGUUCUCCGACCUAGACAUCUGUUCGUAGUUUGUAGCGACGGUGCUGAAAUGCAGACGAUGCUGAAAAACUGGAAGCUGAAGUAGGUGUUUUUGGAGCAUUUUGAUAAAAUUUAGUCCUCCCAGUCGGACGAAUCUUCUUUUACGGCGGGUGGUGUUAUCUCCCGCGGUUACGUGUCGGUGACAUAUGGCAGCGGCUGGAUGGGCUGCGGCUUAACACUGUAGAAGUCAGCGUACUGAUGAGUUUGUAAAUAGCGUGUCAAAUAGCAGCGUGUAAAUAGUGCCUGUGAUGGAGUGAUGGCCUGCAGGAAAGUUCGGUGCGGAAGUUCCCAACAUGUGUACGGUUGCCAGUGGCUUGUGGCGAAAGGCUUUCUGUCGCCUUUCGCCCCACGCCCGGCCGGUAACAGAAUAACAAUCAAAAUGUACUGAAGCGUCAAGACCAGACCGAUGAUGGUGGUGAAGGUUGUGGCACACAAUACGGUACGGUACUUAUACCAAAGGCACGGUAAAGAGUGAUCCUUCUUCUGUCGGCAGUAGUCCUGUUUUUGAUAUUGUGAUAUAGAGAACCGAACGUUACCAACCGGUCUCCCGGUCGGAACGAGGGUGUGCGAUGCUAUUUCGUUGCCAUCACGCAAGGUAGUGAAGAAACGAAGUAUAGGGGCGGUCACAAUCGUUGUUUAGAUUGAGCAUUGAUUUAAGAAUAGAGCGUCCGGCUGGACGUUGAGUACUGGAAUAUGUGCCCUAGAAUAUACUGCGUACGCGUACCCCAAGUAUACACUAAGUGGAUAAAUAUAUGUAUGUGUUCGUACAUUGGCGUAAACGGAAAUAAAUGACUUGUAAAGUUAAGCGUAGCGAAAGAA